AUGGUGAUAACUAUCACAGUUGAUAAUGCUAAACCUAAUGAUGUGGCUCUUGAUUAUUUGAAGAAAAAGUUGGAGAUGAAGGAUGGUUGUAUGUUGGGAGGCCGGUUCUUGCACAUGAGAUGUGUUGCUCAUAUAUUGAAUCUCAUUGUGCAAGAGGGAUUGAAAGGCAUUCAUAACUCAAUUGUUAAGGUGAGGAAUGCAGUGCGGUAUGUCAAAUUAUCUCCAAAAAGGAUGGAUAGGUUCAAGGAAGCUAUAGAGGAUGAAAAAAUCCAAUCUAAGAGUUUAUUAUCUCUCGAUGUCCCUACUAGAUGGAAUUCCACAUAUCUUAUGUUAGAGGCAGCCGAGAAGUUUGAAACAGCCUUUGAUAGGAUGCAUGAAGAGGAUGUGGAAUUUAUUUCUUACUUUAUGGAGGUAGAUGGAAAUGGGAAUCAGAAGCACAUAGGUCCUCCCAAAGAGGGCAUUCAAAAUGAAUUGCAUAGAUUGUGUGGCAUUGAUGGUGAUCCUCUCUUAAAAGAAAUGGCACAAUCUAUGAAGGAAAAAUAUGAGAAGUAUUGGGGAGACAUUAAAAAUAUGAAUUUGAUAAUGUUUAUUGCCGUGGUUCUUGACCCAAGAUAUAAGAUGAAAUAUUUGCAAUAUUGGUUUAAUAAGUGGUAUUCAAAAGAAAAGGCAGAGUUUGCUUUAAAAUUGGUAAGGGAUGCUUUAGAUGACUUGUAUGCCCACCAUGCAAAGGGUACUGAAUUAUCAAGUACUAGUGGCAAUGGGCAGGCUACUAAUGUUGGUUCUUCAAUAGAAUCAAGUGCUAGUUUUCCAUAUGAUCCAUGGAAGAUUGCUUCACAUGAGUUUGAUGAACACAUAGCUAAAGAAAUGAUAAUGAAUGCACUACUGAUAUAUGUAAUCCUUUUCGAGGUAGCACGAGAUGUCAUAGCUAUUCCUGUGUCUACUAUUGCUUCUGAGUCAGCCUUUAGCAUGGGGGGUCGUGUUUUGGAUCCUUUUAGGAGUUCAUUAGCUCCUAAAACUAUGGAGGCCCUUAUCUGUGCUCAAAAUUGGUUAAAAAACCCAUCUAAACCAAUCAAUCUUCGGGAAGCAAUGAAUGAAGUGGAAAGUCUUGAGCAAGAUGUUGAAGCAGAAUUGAUGAAAUUGGCAACAGAGAAAGAAGAUUAA